UCUUUGCAUGCAUUCUUUUUGACCCAUAUAUCACAUGCUGAAGCUAUUGGUGACAUUUGGUUUAACCCAGAGUGCUGAUUUUGAUAUCUCUUCCAUGGAUUUCGAUACUCAAAAUUGAGGACAGUAAAUAGGCUUGGAGCAUCAGUGAGUGCAUAUGGCUACUUCCACUUCCACUCAAUCUCUUCCGCUACAAGACCGAGUCGCAAUCGUUACUGGGUCGUCCCGCGGAAUCGGCCGAGAGGUCGCUCUUCACCUGAGUCAACUCGGUGCCCGAGUUGUUAUAAACUACUCCUCUCACAACUCGUUCCCAGCCGACUCACUCGCCGCCGAGAUCAACGCUUCUGCCUCCGCCUCCGCCGCCGCUCUCGUCCUCCCGCGAGCGAUUGCAGUCCGCGCCGACAUCUCCGAUCAGACUCAGGUGCAGAACCUGUUCGAAUCGGCCGAGCGGGAAUUCAACUCGCCGGUUCACAUCCUGGUCAACUCGGCCGGAACCCUAGACAGCAAUUACCCUUCCAUCGCCGACACCUCGGUUGAGAGCUUCGACCGCGUUUUCGCCGUUAACGCGAGGGGCGCGUUCCUGUGCUGCCGGGAGGCAGCGAGGCGGGUGAAGCGCGGCGGCGGAGGGAGGAUCAUACUGUUCUCGUCGUCGCAGGUGGGGGCGCUGAGGGUGGGGUUCGGGGCGUACACGGCGGCGAAGGCGGCGGUGGAGACGAUGACAAAGAUAUUGGCAAAGGAGCUGAAGGGGACAGGGAUAACGGCUAAUUGCGUGGCGCCGGGGCCGAUCGCGACGGAGCUGUUCUUCGGAGGGAGAACGGAGGAACAGGUGAAGAAGAUAAUUGAUGAGUCACCGUUGGGGAGGCUCGGGGAGACGAAAGAUGUUGCACCUUUGGUUGGGUUUUUGGCUUCUGAUGCUGCUGAAUGGGUUAAUGGUCAAGUUAUUCGUGUUAAUGGUGGUUAUGUUUAGCUGCUUACUAAGUUGGUCUUGAUGCACAAGAAUAAUCUGUCCUUGUCGGUUUCGUUUCUACAGCUAAAGAGUUAUUUUUAGCCUUGUCUGAGAUGAGGCAAUAAAAGGAUCAUGGGAUGCUAAUUAUGCUAUUUUGUGUAAACUUAAAACACGUUAGACCAGAAUUGGAGGAACCUUAUGGUGUAGUGUGGUUGAUCUCAUGGUUCAUGCAGUUGAAAUAAUGUUAAAUGGGAACCCAGUGCAGUUUCACUUGCUAUUGAGGGUUCUGAGGGAGGGAUAUGCAGCCUUACCCUUUGUUUUAGCUACCAGAAUUUGUGACCUCGUCACAAGGGUUCCUCCUCACCGUGUGUCCAGAGUCCAGACUUAUCCUCUGUACUUGAAAUAGAGAUUUUUUUUUUUUUUUUUUAAAAAAAAAAAAUAGAAAAAAAAAAAAUAGUUAACAAAUUUCUGUACUAUACAACUUGAGAAUUUUAGCAACAAAUUGUUUGAACAAUUCUCAUUGGACUGGGGGAUGAAUUUGGGGGCAAGUGAAGCACGUUAUAAAGAAUCAGCUGUUGAGAAAGAUUUGCAUUUAAAGUAUCCUCUCACUUCUUUAAA